AUUAAUGGAAAAUAACCAUCUCCCUUUAAAAAAAUAAAACAAUGGCAGAACUCUCAUUGGAAGGAAAAUUUGACCCGCCUUUCUUUGAGUGUAUGUGAUCGAAUACUACACUCUGUUACUGGACUUCAUCGAGCCCUACAACAUUUUUGAAGUUUAGUUCAAGUCGGAUAGUUGGGAGUAACGGUCGACGAAUUAUAAAUUUUUUCUGUAAAUCUAAAUCUGUCAGUCAGAAUGUGUGUGUAUAUGUGCGUGUGUUGGUUAAUAAUAAUUGGCUCUAAUUUACUGUAAUUGAACUGACAGUACAAUAGAAAAUUGAUUUGCCGUGGCGGGGUAAGCAUUUAAUUAAAUGUGGAUUUCUCAGCGAUUUCUCGUGUUGAACUUUUUUAUUGAUGUGCAUUGUUUGAGCUUAAUUAAUUAGUAAAGAUUGUUUCAAGUGUUUUUCGUGGAAUGAUGGUGCUUGAACAGUCGACAGAAGUGGUGUCAAACGUACCGUCGGAAGGGUUGCAUCCUACCGCUGCGUUGCAAUUAUACGCAGCAGCAGCGGCACAAUUAGGUGCACCGGGAAAUCGGGUGCCGGCAUGGGGACCGUUCUUACAAUUCGGAGUGCCCGGAGUUUUUGGUGGGGCUGCAGCAGCUGCAGCUGCCAUGAGUGGAAACGUAGGUGGUACGGGUGGACAAUUUUUGGGGAGACAUCGAUUUGAUGCUAACCCGGUGCAUAGUGCAGCCGCCUUAGCGGCCAGUUCUAAUGCAAAUGCCUUCGCUAAUUUAAGUGGAUUAAACGCGGCGAUGAGAAAUGUAUCGGCUCAGCAGACUGCAGCAGCAGCAGCGGUUGCAUCAGUAGCGAUACACCAUCGCUUGCUGAUUACAUCUGGGAACAGGCAAAUGCCCCAAGGACCUCCAAGUGAGGGGUCUAAUGAGGACAAUGGUUUCACAGCAGAUGGGGAAGAUGAUAGUAGUUCAUCAAAAAGACGCCGAUCGAGAACGAAUUUCAAUUCCUGGCAACUUGAAGAACUUGAAAGAGCAUUUUCCGCAAGUCAUUAUCCCGAUAUAUUUAUGAGAGAAGCCUUAGCUAUGCGUUUGGAUUUGAAAGAGAGUCGCGUUGCGGUAUGGUUCCAGAAUCGACGAGCAAAAGUACGAAAACGUGAGCAUACAAAGAAAGGACCUGGCCGACCUGCUCACAACGCCCAGCCGCAAACCUGUUCCGGUGAACCAAUCCCGCCAAACGAACUCAAAGCCAAAGAAAGAGCGCGACGCCGUAAAAAACUCGCAAAAGCAAUUGACCGACAGGCCAGAAAACUGCAGGCUAAGGGCAUAACAGUUGAUCUAGAAGCCUUAAAAGCUGAAUACAUAUCUCAACAUCGAGGAAGUGGGGCUUUCUCAGAUUCCGAUCUCGAAGAUGAUGGCAUUCAAAUAGACGUUGUCGGUGGAACAGACAGCGACGAUGAGCCUGAAGAUUUCUCAUUUCGAAGUUCCAACAAUGAUUUGGCAAGUUUUCCCUCGACUGCAAGUCCAACCAGUAUUGGAAGUCCACGUUCCCAACAGAAUCCCGCCCACCACCAAGAAGACGUCAAUGAAAAGCCGUUGUUCCUGUUCAAUAACACCCAAACGCAUUACAUAAAGAAGGAGUCACCAACCCACCAUCAGAUAAGUAUUCGAAGGAAUAACCCAUUUAGCAUAGAAUCACUUUUAUUUAGCAGUAACUCAUCGUGAGAGUAGAGUAAGAAACUGUUUUUGAAACACAAGACAAUAGUUGCAUUUUAUUAUAAAUAUGAUAUGAUUUGGGUCAUUUUAAAAAAGGAGGUCCGUCAGUCUGUGUAAACUCCUUUUUUUUGUUAUUGUAAAAAGUAGAAAAAACUACACAUAAGUAUUUACAUACAAAAGUUACUAAAGCCUAGUACGCAGAUCGCGCUACGAGCUAAAUCUCCCAUAAUAGUUAUCUAUAAUUUGUAAGGGAUACAUUUUAGCUCGGCUAAAUUUUAGCUCCCAUACAAGUUAUCGAUAAAAUUUAGCCGAGCUAAAAUGUAUCCCAUACAAAUUAUGAAUUAUGGGAGAUUAAGCUCGGCUAUCUGCGUACCAGGCUUAAGAGUUAAAAGAUUUUGUUUGUUACAAUUUAUUUGAUCCAUAUCAUAUCAUGAUAAUAAUUUAAAUCAGCUUAAAUCGCAAUAUUACUUUAAAAAGUGUUUAUCGAUCCUUUUCAUAUGUAUGUUAAAAUAAACACCUAAAACAAAAAUCGUUUGAAACGAUCGGAAAUCUGAAUAACAUAAAUAAAUAAAUAAAAUAAUUUUAUUUAACUACCUAUUUAAGUUGAACACAAAAGACCUAUGUAAUUAUAGUUAGGUACCUAUAUUAAUACUUGUAGAAAAGAUUAUUUAUUAAGAAAAUAAAGAGAAAAUGCAAUAAUUAUUGUAGAGUAAAACUUAGUUUGAAUAUUUUGAAUUAAAUUAAAACCUAAUACAACCCAACACUAUUAUCUGUGUGAUAAUUUGGUAAAAUCUUUGCAAAUUUAAUCUGAGGAUGGAAAAAAUAUGCUAAAAAAUGAUGACUUUUAACGGGAUUAUCCAAAUGAUUAAGUGACGAUUUGUUUGGUUAAAAUUUUUCUUAAAUAAAUGUUGUUUUGUUAAGAAAAAGUUUUCCUCGACACAGUUAAGUAGGUAUGUAUAUCAUAAAAUGAGUUUAAACGCAAAACAAAAUCAUUUGAACGCAACACAAUUGGACUCUUGAAAUACAUGUCAGAUUUUAACUCGAAAAGAAGCUACAAUUCGAGAA